AUGGUAACUAAGACCUCCUCGACUGUGGUCCUCCACGCCGGCGAGCACCUAUUCAAGGUCGUCAACCACUCCCUCGUCAAAGGGAGCAGUACCUUCCUCACGUCUGGGACCUUCCGCGUCGGCGGCCAUGACUGGGCUAUCCGCUACUACCCAAACGGCAACUCUAGGACUGUCGACGAUCAGUUCUCUUCGAUUUUUGUCGAAUUGAUGAACACCGGUGAUGUUGAGGUCACUGCGUCCUACUCCUUCUGCCUGCAGGACCCGGCACCGUUGGCCUCAGGAGAGAAGCACAAAUUCGGCAACACCGCAAAGUUUUCGCUCGACAAGCAUCCAGAUUGGGGUAGAGACAAAUUUGUGAGUAAAGCUGACUUGGUUGCGUCGGGGUGUCUCGAGGAUGACUGUCUACUGAUCAAGUGCACCAUCACCGUUAUUGCCUCCAAGCUCAUCAAGGACACUGAAGCUAACGAAAAUAGCAUCAUCAUUCCACCCUCGGUCCUCAGUAAGGAUCUAAGCAAUCUUCUGGAGAACGGCCUUGAUGCGGACUUGACGGUAAGGAUUGGGUGGUUCAAAAGUUUUAAGGUGCACGGGUGUGUGCUCGCUGCACGGUCGCCAGUCUUCCGUGCGCUGCUGUGUGGAUCUAUGGUGGAGAGCAAACAAACCAGUAUCCGCGUUAACGACGUAGAUGCCAGAGUUUUCGAGGUCUUACUCUAUUACAUGUACAACGAUAGCCUCCCGGAGUUCAUGGAGGAGACCACGGAAGAGGAUAUAAGCAUGACCCAGCAUUUGCUAGUCACCGCUGAUCGGUACGCUAUGGAGAGGUUGAAAUUGAUAUGUCAGGACAAAUUGAGCAAGACACUAGAGGCUAAGACACUGGGCUUCACUUUGAAUCUCGCGGAAGAAUUCCACUGCCAACAGCUCAAGAACUAUUGUCUCAACUAUAUAGCAAGAGACACUGAGAGGAUACGAGCUACUAUACAAACUAAUAAGUUCAAGCGACUCAAGCAAGACCACCAAGGUGUUGCAUAUGAUAUUUUGGACAAGGUAAUUGACAAGCUGUAG